AUGGCCGGAAUUCUUCUUCGUCGCUCCAAGAACAGCGAUUUCUUCGACUCUGUUGUUACAUCAGAUGAGAAAUGGAUCUGCUUCGACAACGCAACGCGAAAAAGACAGUGGUUAGACGCCGGUGACACUCCAAAACCGACUCCGAAACCGGAUAUACACGGCAAUCAAUUGAACCGCGUGGAUCAAGCACUGCGUCGUCAAGGUGUCGAAACGACGUCGACAAAAUUCCUCCACGACAAUGCUCGUCCGCAUGUCGCGAAAAUCACUUUGGAAAAAAUUGAGGAAUUGGGCUGGGAAGUCCUGCCUCAUCCGCCAUACAGCCCAGACCUGGCACCAUCCGAUUACCAUCUGUUCCGGUCGAUGCAGCACUCCCUGGCCGAGAGAAAGUUCACAACCCGCGAAGAAGUCCAACUCUGGGUGUCCAACUACUUUGAGUCGCAGCCGGCCGAGUUCUUCGAAAGAGGAAUCCAUUCUUUGCAUAAACGUUGGCGACAAGUCAUUGAUAGUAAUGGAGAUUAUCUUUUGAAUUAA